AUGGUAGGAUUUCUAGCGUUUUUGUCUGUCAUUUUGUCAAUUGUUCAUGCGAUACCUGUUAUAACUGCAGAUGUAGUAGCAAAAAAUCUUUUUACCAGGAAAGAAAUGUCACAAGAAGCGAUAUUUCCCAUGUUGAACGGUGAGGCGCCCUAUUUUCCGUAUCCUGAGACCAACGGAAUUUCACUCGAAAUUCCUGAGCAGUGCAUUAUUGAACAGGUACAGAUGAUAGCUCGGCAUGCCGAACGUUUUCCAAAAGCUGCAAAGGGAGAAAAGCUAGAAAUUAUGUGGAACAAAUUUAAAGAGAUGAAGGGUGAAUUCAAGGGUCCGUUGGCAAUAUUCAACGAGUAUGAAUAUCUCGUCGAGGACAAUAUCUAUCUUGAUCAGAUGACUAAUUCUUCAAAUGUCGAUGGCUCCAAUCCAUACAUGGGCUCCAAAACCGCACAACAAUUGGGGAACUAUAUUGCUGUCCAUUACGGUGAGCUAAUUGGUGAUUCAUUGCCUAUUUUCUCUUCCAGCGCUGGGAGGGUUUAUGAAACGGCUAAAAAUGUAAUCAUUGGUCUGCAGGAAGAACUUGGCUUCAACGUUGACGUCCAAUUACAAAUAAUAUCGGAAGAUCAGGCUUCUGGAGCAAAUUCCUUAACUCCUCGUAAUUCAUGUAAAAAUUAUAAUUCCGAGUUUGCCAAACAAGUUUUAGGAAGUGUCAAUGACUCGCAGUUAAAGAAGAUCAGGGAAAGACUGAUGAAGAAGAACUCUCAGUUGCCCUUGAAACUAAAAAACAAAGAUAUAAAACAACUAAUUUCGUGGUGCGCAUAUGAAAUAAAUAUUAAAGGCUACUCUCCCGUGUGCGAUCUUUUUGGAGAUGAGGAUUUAGUCUCAUACUCUUAUUUCUCCGACAUGGAAAACUUUUAUAACAGUGGUCUUGGAAAUCCUCUAGCAAAGUCAUUGGGAUCUGUAUUACUUAACGCUUCGUAUCAACUUUUAAAGGAGAGUGAACACUUGGAGAAUAAAGUCUGGUUGUCAUUUACUCACGAUACUGAUAUUCAACACUUUGUGUCAGCUAUUGGAUUAUUUGAUGAUGGAGCAGAGCGUUUCCAAGGCGAACAAGUCUCGUUCCAAAAUAUCUUUAAAAGAGGUAGUUGGAUCACUCCUAUGGGUGCUAGACUCUUCACUGAGAAGUUGCGUUGCAGAAACAGCUCUUUUGUUCGGUAUAUACUUAAUGAUGCGGUCAUUCCUAUCCCAGGAUGUAGUUCAGGGCCAGGACUAUCAUGUCCCUUCUCCGAACUCAGCAGCUAUAUUAAAAACCAAACUAGCAAAACAAACUAUGUUUCUCACUGUGAAAUUACUGAAGUCUCGAAUAAGACGGAGUUGACGUUUUUCUGGGAUUAUAAUGAUGUGGAUUAUUCACGUACUCCCAUCAAUUACAAAGUUAGUGCUAUUUUGGAUAAGACUGAAUAG